CCUGAUUGGUCCGCUGGGCUUCGUGACUGCAGACGCGCCCGCUCCAGAGAGUCACCUUGCCCCGGCUGCUGCAGCUUCUGUACCGGUCAGAGAGCAGGUGAACCGACCGGGGACUGUGAGGGUACUGACCGACCAGGAGAAACAUGGCGGAGGGAAAGCCCAAGACCUCCCCGAAGGCCAUCAAGUUCCUGUUCGGGGGCUUGGCCGGGAUGGGGGCGACGGUCUUCGUGCAGCCUCUGGACCUGGUGAAGAACCGGAUGCAGCUGAGCGGUCAGGGCACGAAGGCACGAGAAUACAAAACCAGCUUCCACGCUCUCUUCUCCAUCCUGAAGAACGAGGGGGUGGGCGGCAUCUACACCGGUCUGUCGGCGGGUUUGUUGCGUCAGGCGACCUACACAACGACCCGUCUUGGAAUCUACACCAUCCUGUUUGAGAAGAUGACCGGCGAGGACGGACGGCCACCGAACUUCCUGCUCAAGGCUCUGAUUGGUAUGACAGCUGGAGCUACUGGAGCGUUUGUUGGAACACCAGCAGAGGUCGCUCUGAUCAGGAUGACGGCUGACGGACGUCUCCCUGCAGACCAGAGGAGAGGUUAUUCUAAUGUUUUUAACGCUCUGGCUCGGAUCACCCGAGAGGAAGGAGUGACGACGCUGUGGAGGGGGUGUAUUCCCACCAUGGCUCGGGCGGUGGUGGUGAACGCGGCUCAGCUCGCCUCCUACUCUCAGUCCAAACAGGCUCUGCUGGACUCAGGUUACUUUGGAGACGACAUUCUGUGUCACUUCUGUGCCAGUAUGAUCAGUGGUCUGGUUACCACGGCAGCGUCGAUGCCAGUGGACAUCGUGAAGACCAGGAUCCAAAACAUGAGGAUGAUUGACGGGAAGCCCGAGUACAAGAACGGACUGGAGGUGUUGAUGAAGGUCAUCAGGAACGAGGGAUUCUUCUCUCUGUGGAAAGGUUUCACUCCAUACUACGCCCGCCUCGGCCCGCACACCGUCCUCACCUUCAUCUUCCUGGAGCAGAUGAACCGCAUGUACAAGACCCACGUCCUGGACCGCUAACACACACACACAGACACACACAGACACACACAGACACACACAGACACACACAGACACACAGACACACACACACACACACACACACACACACCACACACACUCAAAGGACUCAACUUGUUUCUGACGACAGCUUUUCAUGACUUAAACCUUUGCCCCACAUUCCCCCUCCUGCUCUGCUGUCAGACUGAAAAGGUGAACUGUUCCUUUAAGAUGAACAAAAAACACACACACACACACACUCUUUUUGUAUAAAAAGAUUGUAAAAUAAAGUAGAUUAAACAUCAUUUGGUGAUGUUGGUAAUAAAUAAGAAAGUCUUAUUUGUAAAUCCCCCCCCCCAAACUCCCCUCCAUGACUACAGGGCAUCAUGGGAUGGCUGUGUUACCAUGGUAACAGGCAGUGAUACACUUGCAGAGAUGAAAUAAACAGUCUGAGCCUCUUG